UGCUCAGUCCGCUCACAAAGUAAUAAAAUAUGUUAUAAUUUUUAUAUUGCUUUUUGUAUUAUAAAGUGAAAAUGAUUUUCUUGGUGUUUGGUUUGGUUGUGAUGAAAACUAAUCUUUUUGUUGGUAGUAACGGUGUGUUUUUAUUUCAUAAAGACUAUUAUUACACGAAAUCAUCGAAUCUGAUAGACAGGAUUCGGCGUCAGCUAAUGCAAGACAACUACGACUACCUCCCCUCUGAGAGUGAAGACUUCCCCCUCAACCGAGGAGAUGUCAACGGACACAGAUCGCCCGAGAAAAUAAUAGACGAUUAUGACUACCAUGAACAAGACAAACAAAGAUUCAACAUCACCGACAUAGUAGUGCCUCGAGCACACGAAUUUGAAGAGAAAGAGAUAGGUUACCAAGGAGUGUCCAAGAAUGACCUUUUCUACUACUUAGAUGAUGAUAAAAUUGGUCUGAAUGAUUAUAAGAAUAAUGCUGUCAGUCCUAAAGUGAAAUAUAAAGUUAUGAAGGUAAAAUCACCUCAUCCCAACCGCCGCAGUCUGAACUUCCGGCGGUUCAUCCAAGAGGAAGGGGAAGGAGGGGUGGCCCUGAUGACCCUGGACGAUGAGCCGUUCCCGGACUUCAAACUGCCCAAAUCUAGGAGGCAGUACAUGCACGAGUCUGAUAAUGAGGAUAUGGAGAACUUCAUGGAUGACUUUACCUUCGAAGAUUAUUAAAUAUUUUGAAAAUA